CAAAGAUUAGAGUGUCGUUUGAUGAUCAUCCCCGGUCCAUUAAACCCUAACGUCUUUCUGUUGCUCCCAAUUUCGCUUAGAAAACCUAAUAUCCCAAACAAGCUAAAUCAGCGCGCUUCAGAACCUCGAAUUUCAAUAUCGGAAAUUCAUUUUCUUCUCACGAAUUAGGGUUUCGGUUGCCUCAUUCAUGGACUCAGACGUCGACGUUUCCCGGUGGGUCCUCGAGCUCCUUAUCCGAGACCGCGAGAAGGAGUGCAUUGCCAAGAGAGUCCUAGCAGUUGCGCCAUUCUCGGACCAAGACUAUCGCUUGAAGAAGACCGUGCUCCUCCGAACCAUCGAGUGCGAUGUUUACGACGCUUUGGUCAGCGAAACGAUGCUAGAAACGCUUGAAAUGAUCGAGGAUUUGGAUCUUACCCAAGGUAUUGCGACCACGGACUCCAUGAAAGCCGCGUACUUUGCCGUGGCCACUGAGUGUACGGUCAAGUUCUUGGUGGGCCUCAUGGGAAAGCCGAGCGGGAAGUACUUGGAGGCUGUUGAUCGGAUUUGGAGAGGGAGGGUUGGGUCUUUGGAGCGGUCAGAGACGAGCCAGCUGAUAUCUGCCGAGUUGAGGCAGAGAAUGGACGAGGUCGAGGCGGGGGUUUGGGAUUUGAGAGUGUCGAAGAAGUUGUCAAGGAUGAACACGAGGAACGAUGCGCUGAGAUUGGUUGCGGUAUAUGUGAAGGAAGCUUUGGCGUUAAUGGGACCUCCGUUUAUUACUUGGGCUGUAAGAUUGAAUGUGCCCAAGGAAGUUGCCGACUUGGAGGGUGAUCAGAUUGCAGUGGCGAAAGAGGCUAAUGUGGGUGGUGGGCCUGAAGCGGAGGCGCAAACAAAGAAUGGGGCAAAUGUGGGUGAUAGGUCUGAAUUGGAGGCACAAACGGAGAAUGGGGCUAAUGCCGGUGAUGGGUCUGAACUGGAGGCUCAAAUGGCGAAUGCGGCUGAUGUUGGGGGUGAGUCUGAAUUGGAGGCUCAAAUGGAGAAUGGGGCUAAUGUUGGCGGUGAGUCUGAAUUGGAAGCUCAAAUGGAGAAUGGGGGUAAUGUGCAAAUGGCUAGUGGAACUAAUGCGGUUGAUGGGUCUGAAUUGGAGAAGGAAGUGGUUAAUGAGACUAAUGCAGGGGAUGGGUCUCAGUUGGAGUUGCAAACUACAAAUGGGACUAAUGCGGCUGGUGAAUCUGUACUGGAGGUGCAAAUGGUGAGUGGGGCUAAUGUGGGUGAUGGGUCUGAAUUGGAGGCGCACACUGUUAAUGCGACUAAUGUGGGUAGUGAGUCUGAAUUGGAGGCACAACUAGUGAAUGGGACUAAUUUGGGUGAUGGGUGUGAAUUGCAGGCGCAAAGGGUGAAUGAGGCUAAUGGGAGUUGUGGGUUUGAAUCGGGUCCACAACCGAUGACUGGGGUCCAAUUGCGGGAAGUCGGGGCAAGGCGCAUGCCACCUACUAUGAGCCGGGAUUUGGUUUUGAAUGAAAUGGAUUCUGGAUUCACGAACAGAGAGGUGCUCAGGUUCGGUGAUGAUCAGGUUCAUGCCACAGGCGUGGGUUUGCCUAGUACGAAUAGGGAACUGGUUCUCAGUUUAGAUCCAACCACGAAAGAUAAAGAAAUUCAGAGGAGUACGGGACUUAGAUACAAGCACCUUGCUCAUAGGCGCACUAGAGGACCGGUUAGGAUUCGGGACGCUGAAGAUAUGGGCACAGACUUAUCAAAUAGCAAAUAUGAUUCCCUGUCUACCCCUGAAGUUAGCAAUGCACAAGAAGCACUUAGAUCCAGUAUUUUGGAGCUACAAGCAGUAGUGACAGAUCCACUUCCAGAUGCUUUACGAGUGGCUGAAACCAUAAGAUUGGAUUUGGCAAUGAAAUCUGUGAAUGCAGGGGCAGAAAAUCUCUCUGUUGAGAAGGGUGCUGGACCUGUUCAAUCUCAUAAUGAUAAUCUUGGAAAUAUGUCUGUUCCCCAAUCUAGUGGAAAAGAAAAGGAUGUACCAACUCCUCCUGUCAACCAGGGAAAAGGAACUGAGUCUGUUCAAACAGAUGAUGCCAAUCUUGGAAAUCCGUCUUCCAGCAAUAAGAAUAAUGCUCCUCGACCAAUGACAGAUCCACUUCCGGAUGCUUUACGAGUGGCUGAAACCAUAAGAUUGGAUUUGGCCAAGAAAUCUGUGAAUGUAGGGGCAGAAAAUCUCUCUGUCGAGAUAGGUGCUGGACCUGUUCAAUCUCAUAAUGAUAAUCUUGGAAAUGUGUCCGUUCCCCAAUCUAGUGGAAAAGAAAAGGAUGUACCAAAUCCUCCAGUCAACCAGGGAAAAGGAACUGAGUCUGUUCAAACUGAUGAUGUCAAUCUUGGAAAUCCGUCUUCCAGCAAUAAAAAUAAUGCCCCUCGACCUAGCUUGAUGGAACGUAAUACUACUGCUCAUACUUACGAGUGGGAUGACUCAAUAGAUACGUCACAAGGAGCAAUGAAAGAUCCAGGCAGGCUUUACUUACCUAGCCCAAAGAGGAAUGCUGUUUCUCCAUUGAAGAAGUAUGAGAAUAAGAGAUUUACUAAGAGAAGAAAAGCUAAGAGAUGGAGCUUAUUGGAAGAAGACACCUUAAGGACUGGUGUACAGAAGUAUGGCGCAGGAAACUGGAAAUUUAUUUUGAAUAGCUACCGUGAGAUAUUUGAAGAGAGAACUGAGGUUGAUUUGAAGGACAAAUGGAGAAAUAUGACACGGUAGAGGCACGUGUGAAUAGUUUUCUACUCGCGUGUAUUUUGGUCAUCUGGUACCUCAUUAGAGCUGUAUGUAUUUUGCAUGCUUUGUACAACUAUAGGGAUGUUGAUGAGAGAUGUUUUUUUGGUGUUGCGCCCUUAUCAACGUACAGUAGUUGGAUGUUUCAGUAUAUACCUGUAUAAAUUUUCCCAUGAAUGAUGGAUUUACACAUGGCCAAUUUAGACAAAAUGGCCUAAAUUGAAGCAUGAUGAAAUGGUACUAACUGUUUAUACCCUACACAAUAUUUUACAAUGAACAGACGGCUUAGGCUAAUA